AUGUCAAAGCCUCCCUCCUCAUCGAGUCAGCAAGAGACUCAUGUGUCUUCUCCUCGGCUAAGGGACAACAAUAAAACAAUAACACCGGAAAUGGAUGAUCCAGAGAAAGCAGCAGUGACGAUCACACGCCUCAUCGAGCAGCUUCAUGCCAAGAAAUCAACGGCACAAGAGAUAGAGCUCAGCACCGCUCGACUUCUCGGUCUAGCCAAAGGUAAAAAAGAGUGUAGAAAGAUCAUUGGGCGGAACGUGAACGCCAUGACUUCCUUCAUAUCACUUCUCAGGGAUGGAACCCUUUUGGCGAAACUCAAUUCCGCUUCAAUCCUGACCAUUCUAUGCAAAGACGAAAACGUUCGUUCUAAGGUACUGAUAGGCGGAUGCAUCCCACCGCUGCUGUCACUUUUGAAAUCUGACACAUUGGAUGCAAGAAGGGCUGCAGCCGAGGCCAUAUAUGAAGUCUCCAUGUGUGGAAUGGAUGAUGAUAAUGUAGGUACCAAGAUAUUUGUCACGGAAGGUGUGGUACCGAGUUUGUGGGAUCAGUUAAAGAUGAGAAAAAAGCAGGACAAGACGGUUGAAGGAUAUUUGGUUGGAGCUUUAAGAAAUCUUUGCGGCGAUCGAGAUGGUUUUUGGACAGUAACGCUUGAAGAUGGCGGAGUUGAUAUCAUCUUAAGGCUUCUACAGUCUAGUAACCCUGUAUCUCAAUCAAACGCAGCUUCUCUUUUAGCUCGUCUUAUUAGGAUUUUCACUAGUAGCAUCUCAAAAAUAGUAGAGUCAGAUUCUGUACAAGUUCUAGUUCAGCUUCUAUGUGAGUUAAACAGUGUUUCGGUGCGUGCCAAUGUAGUCAAUGCUCUAGAAGCCAUCACAGCAAAGUCAGAUGAAGCUAGGAAUGUGGUUAGAGAUUUGGAAGGGAUCCACCUUCUGAUUGGCGCAGUAGUUGCUUCGUCUAAAGAGUCUGUGGAUGAAGAAAACGAACGCGUCUUGCAAGUUUAUGGGACACAAGCUUUAGCAAACUUAUGCGGAGGGAUGUCAGCUUUGAUAGUGUAUCUUGGAGGGCUAUCAUUGUCUCCACGCCUCACUGAGCCCAUUGCUGAUAUUCUUGGAGUUCUUGCUUAUGCUCUGAGGAAGUUUCAAUUAACUUGUGGCGAUGAUAAAGAAGCUUUUGAUCCAUCUCUAACAGAAGGAAUACUAGUGAAACUCUUGAAGCCUCGGGAUACUCAACUGAUCCAAGAACGUAUCUUGGAAGCUAUGGCAAGUCUUUAUGGAAAUGGUAAUGUAUCGAGAUCACUCAACAAUGCAGAGGCUAAGAGGGUUUUAGUCGGGCUAACAAUCUUGGCCACAGCGGGUCCACGUGAGCGGAUGAUAACUUGUUUGUCAAACUUAUGCAAACAUGGGAAUGUCUGGGAUGCUAUUGGCAAGAGGGAAGGGAUUCAAAUCCUCAUACCAUUUCUUGGCUUGUCCAGCGAACAACAUCAGGAACUGUCUGUUGAGUUCUUAGCGAUCUUGACUGACGAGGUUGAUGAAAGCAGAUGGGCUGUUACGUCUGCAGGUGGAAUUCCUCCAUUGUUGCAGAUACUAGAGACUGGUGUGUCUCACAAGGCAAAAGAGGAUGCAGUACGUGUCCUUUGGAACCUAUGUUGUCAUAGCGAGGAAAUUCGUGACUGCGUUGAGAAAGCAGGGGCUAUUCCUGCACUCUUAGGGCUCUUAAAGAACGGUGGACCAAAAUCGCAAGAGAAGUCAGCAAAUACACUUGUGAAAUUGAUUAGAACAGCUGACCCCAGUGUUAUCGAGCAAGUACAAGCUCUGUUUCUCGGAGAUGCUCCGAAAUCAAAAGCUCAUGUGAUGAGAGUUCUAGGCCAUGUUCUUGCAUCGGCUUCGUUAGAGGAAUUUGUCACUAAGGGUUCUGCAGCAAAUAAUGGAUUGAGGUCUCUUGUCCAGAGACUUGCCUCGUCAAACGAGAAGAUGAAAGAGAACGCAGCUUCUGUCUUGGCUGAUCUAUUCAGUUCAAGAAAAGACCUUUGUGGCGGUCUUGGAUUUGAUGAGAAUGAUAAUCCAUGCACAAAGCUUUUAAGUGGAAACACUCACGCUGUUGCAACGCAAUUAGCGCAUGCCCUAGGCUCUCUAUCCAAUCCAACAAAGAAAAAGACUGGCCAAAAGAAGUUAUCUGGUUCAGAAGUUGAAGUGAUCAAACCAUUGAUAAAAUCAGCAAAAACAAACCCAAUCGAGUCAACAGAGAAUCCCAUAUCUACUCUUGCAAACCUUCUUUCAGACCCAAAUGUUGCAGCUGAAGCUUUAGAUGACGAUGUUGUUUCUGCUUUGACCAGAGUACUAAGGGAGGGAACACUGCAAGGUAAGAGAAAUGCUUCACAUGCUCUUCAUCAGUUACUAAAGCAUUUCCAGGUCAAUGAUGUAUUCAAAGGAAAUGAUCAGUGUCGAUUUGCUGUUCCUGAACUUAUUGAUCUCUUAAACGCAACGGACUUGAACAACAACGCUUAUAUAGACGUCUUAGAAAUACUCUCUUUGCUGGCCAAAGCUAAAUAUGGUGCUAACUUGUCCCAUAACCCCUUUUCUGCAUUCACCGAAGUUCCUUCGAGUUUAGACUCUCUUGUCCGUUGUGUGGCUGAAGGUCAACCUUUGGUGCAAGAUAAAGCAAUAGAGAUUUUGUCUCGCUUCUGCAAGACACAGUUUGUCUUGUUGGGUGAACUAUUGGUCACACGAUCAAAAUCAAUAUGUUCAUUGGCUGACAGGACAAUCAGCUCGUCCAGCCCUGAAAUUAAAGUCGGAGGGGCUAUGUUGCUCGUGUGCGCAGCAAAGAACAACAAAAAAUUAUGGGCAGAAGUAAUUGGACGAUCAGGGUACUUGAAAAGCUUAGUAAACACUCUUCUGGAUAUGCAACAGAACUCUAAAUGUUCUUCAUAUAGCGUUGAAAUUCAAAGACCAAGAUCUCUCAUCACAAGCAAUUUGUGCAUAAAGAUGGAUGACUCUGAAAUCGUUGAUCCAGUUACUGUCUUGGGAAGCACAAUCUCUAUGUGGUUACUCUCCAUUGUUUGCUCUACUCAUCCCAAGAACAUACUUGAUGUCAUGGAAGCCAAUGGACUUGAAAUUAUCACAGAGAAGCUUCAAAGAUACAAGUCCGACACACAGGAGAAUAUCUCGGAUUCUGAAGAAAAAUGGAUUGCUAUAUCACUACUAGCUGUUAUGUCUCAGGAACCAAACGUUGUCUCAUCCCCAGCUACAGCAAAUCUUGUGCCAACUCUAGCUUUUCUGAUGCAGUCUGAUCAGUUGAUUGAUGGAUAUUUUACUGCACAAGUUUUGGCAAUGUUAGUUCGUAAUAAGAAUGAUAAAACCAUUGCAGAAAUCAUGAAUUCAGAUACCUUAGAAACUUUGAUAAACUUGGUUGGGUAUGGAGAAUCAGACACAUGGAGUCUUGGUGCCUUAGCAGAAGAGUUAUCUUUGUUAAAAGAACCUUGUGAGGCCACUUUAGAGGCACUCCUCGAAGAUGAAAGAGUAAGAUGUAGUUCAUUUAUCCAAAAAUGCAUUAAUUUGCUGGUGGAUCUAUUGAAGCCAAAUGCAGAUAAACCUAGCGCCUUAAUAGUAGCUGUUCGGCUUCUGAGUCGCAUUGCAGAGCAGGGUGAUUCGAGUAAACUACUUAUCGCUGAAGCUGGAGCUCUGGAUGUUUUAGCAAAGUACCUUUCAUCGAGUCCUCAAGAUUCGACUGAGUUCACUGUUUCUGAACUGUUAGGAUCCCUUUUCAGUAGCCCAGAAAUCACACGGCACAAAACAGCUAUAAGUUCCAUGAAGCAGCUAAUAGGAAUUCUUCAUCAUGGUAGUAGAAGUACCCGCUAUAAUGCUGCAAGAGCUCUUCGCGAACUUUUUAGCUCUGAGCACAUCAGAGAUUCUGAAUUAGCAUGGAAAGCGUUUUCCCCUCUUAUUGAAAUGUUGAAUAUUACGUUGGAGAGUGAGAGAGAGGCUGCUCUAACUGCUUUAGUGAAGCUAACUACGGGAAAAAGUCGAAGGCCAAAUACUCUUAGUAGUCUUGCAGGAAACCCAUUGGAGAAUAUCUACAAAAUUUUAUCUUCAAAUAGUUCAUUGCUUGAAUCAAAGACAAGUGCUGCAAGGAUAUGUUGUUUUAUGUUUAACAAUGAAGAUUUGAGAGCAAGCUCACCCGCCGAAGAUUGCAUGGUACCUCUUAUAUCACUUAUCUUGUCAGGAACAAGUACUGCUGUUGAAGCCGGGAUGGUUGCACUUGACAGACUCCUUGAUAGCAAAAGAAUCUCAGAGAUCGCAGAAGAACAUGAUUGUGUGAAUCUGUUCUUCGGCUUUGUGGCGUCUGGCAACUAUCCGAUUAGUGAGGCUGCAAUUUCUUGUCUUGUAAAAAUGGUUAAAGACAAGACUCCACGUAAAAUGGAUCUGAUUAAAAUGGGGAUAAUAGAGCAAUGUCUUGGUCAACUCUCAAGAUCUCCUCCAAAUUCUUUAUGUUCUGUAGUCGCGGAGCUUUUCAGAGUUUUGACAAAUGUUGGUGUUGUAGCUAGAAGCCAAGAGGCAGUAAAAAUGGUACAACCGCUCCUCUUAAUUCUGCAUAGAGAAGACUUGGAUUUUCAAGGCCAACUCGGAGGUUUACAAGCAAUAGCAAACAUCUUGGAGAAGCCAAUGGUUCUUGACUCAUUAACAAUUCCAUCUUCAGCCAUCAUUAUGCCUUUGAUACCAUUUCUUGAAUCUGAAUCUACAGCGAUCCAACAUGUUACCACACAACUACUGACAUCUCUACUCGAAACGCAACGUUUCCAAGAAGAAAUAACGACCAAGAGUCUCAUUGCUCCUCUUGUGAAACUUGCGGGGAUCAGCGUAAGAAACUUGCAAAAGAUAGCAUUGAUGGGUUUAGAGAAAUCCUCGGUUACAUGGACGAAAGAGAUAGCAAAUGCCGAAGGAAUCCUAGAGCUCUCCAAGGUUAUCAUCGAUGAAGAUCCUCAGCUUCCUGUAUCUCUAUGGGAAUCAGCAGCUUUCAUUCUCAGCAAAAUUCUCACAUUUAACCCAGAACACUAUUACUUCAUAGUGGCCGUACCAGUUUUGGCAAAAAUGUUGUUUUCAACAGCCGAGAGCAUAGUGAUCUUAGCCAUCGACGCAUUGGUCAUCCGUGAGAAGCAAGACUCAUCAAGUGUUCUAGAAAUGGCUGAAGCCGGUGCACUCGAUGCAUUACUUGAUCUUCUAAGAUCACACCAGUGCGAAGAACUCUCUGGAAGAUUACUCCACCUGAUAUUGCGCAAUCCAAAGGUUAGAGAGACAAAGAUCUGCAAGUUUGUAAUGACCCCCUUGUCAAACUACAUACUAGACCCAGAGACAAGAUCAGAAUCCACAAAGCUUCUAAUGGCCAUGGCCCUUGGUGACAUCUCUCAACAUGAAGGACUCGCUAAAGCCACGGAAUCGGCGUUCGCUUGUCGCGCACUAGUCAGCUUGAUUGAAGAUGAACCAAGCGAUGAAAUGCAAAUGGUUGUGAUUUCUGCAUUGGGUAACUUUGCAAUGCACAGUAGAACUAGCAGAAAAGCUAUGGCGGAAUCAGGUGGAGUUUUUUUGGUUCAAGAGAUGCUUAGGUCUUGCAAUUCACAAGUUUCUACUCAAGCAGCUCUAAUGAUCAGAUCUCUCUUCUCUAACCAUACACUUCAAGAGUACAUCUCUAGCGAAAUCAUCACAUCUCUAACAGUGGCGAUGGAGAGAGAGCUUUGGACGACUGCGACGGUAAACGUGGAAGUGAUGAGAACGCUAAACGCUAUACUCACGACGUUCCCAAAGCUCCGAUCGUCAGAGGCGGCAACAGCGUGUAUCCCUCACCUAAUCGGAGCUCUGAAAUCAGGCGAGAAAGAAGCAAGAGAAUCAGCGUUAGAGACGCUAUACACGUUGAGACAGUCGUGGAUAAGCAUGUCGACGGAGACGGCGAGAUCACAGGCGGUUCUAGCGGCGGAAGCGAUACCAGUGCUGCAAUUGAUGAUGAAAUCAAACACUCCGGCGAGCUUCCACGAGAGAGGAAACAGCCUCUUGAAUUGCUUGCCGGGGAGCCUCACGGUGGCGGUGAAACGCGGCGAUAAUCUCAAGCGAUCUACAAAUGCGUUUUGUAGCUUAAUCAUCGAUAACUGCCCCACCAAGAAAACCAAGGUUGUGAAACGCAGCAGUUCACCGGUAUGGAAAGAAUCAUUCACAUGGGACUUCACUGUUCCUCCAAGAGGGCAAUUUUUAGAAAUUGUUUGCAAAUCUAACAACAUCUUUCGCAACAAAAAUUUGGGUAAAGUGAGGAUUCCUAUCGAUAAAGUGUUGACGGAAGGGAAUUACAGUGGAAGUUUCAGGCUAAGUGACGAAAGUAAAAAUGAUGGUUCUGAUAAAACUCUAGAGGUCGAGAUUGUAUGGUCUAACCAGACAUUUUAA